AUGCUUUACUCUAUACAUUACUCCAUGCUUUACUCUAUACAUUACUCCAUGCUUUACUCCAUGCUUUACUCCAUACAUUACUCCAUACAUUACUCUAUAGAUUACUCCAUACAUUACUCCAUACAUUACUUUAUACAUUACUCCAUACAUUACUCCAUGCUUUACUCUAUACAUUACUCUAUACAUUACUCUAUACAUUACUCUGUAUAUUACUCCAUACAUUACUCCAUACAUUACUCUAUACAUUACUCCAUACAUUACUCCAUACAUUACUCUAUACAUUACUCCAUACAUUACUCCAUACAUUACUCUAUUCAUUACUCCAUACAUUACUCCAUACAUUACUCCAUGCUUUACUCCAUACAUUACUCUGUAUAUUACUCCAUACAUUACUCUAUACAUUACUCUAUACAUUACUCCAUGCUUUACUCCAUACAUUACUCUAUACAUUACUCCAUACAUUACUCUGUACAUUACUCCAUGCUUUACUCCAUACAUUACUCUAUUCAUUACUCUGUACAUUACUCCAUGCUUUACUCUAUACAUUACUCUAUACAUUACUCCAUGCUUUACUCUGUAUAUUACUCCAUACAUUACUCUAUUCAUUACUCUGUACAUUACUCUAUACAUUACUCCAUACAUUACUCCAUACAUUACUCUAUACAUUACUCCAUACAUUACUCUGUACAUUACUCCAUGCUUUACUCCAUGCUUUACUCCAUACAUUACUCUAUUCAUUACUCUGUACAUUACUCCAUGCUUUACUCUAUACAUUACUCUAUACAUUACUCCAUGCUUUACUCUGUAUAUUACUCCAUGCUUUACUCUGUACAUUACUCUAUACAUUACUCCAUGCUUUACUCUGUAUAUUACUCCAUGCUUUACUCUGUACAUUACUCCAUACAUUACUCUAUUCAUUACUCUGUACAUUACUCCAUGCUUUACUCUGUACAUUACUCUAUACAUUACUCCAUGCUUUACUCUGUAUAUUACUCCAUGCUUUACUCUGUACAUUACUCCAUACAUUACUCUAUUCAUUACUCUGUACAUUACUCCAUGCUUUACUCUGUACAUUACUCUAUACAUUACUCCAUGCUUUACUCUGUAUAUUACUCCAUGCUUUACUCUGUACAUUACUCCAUACAUUACUCCAUAUAUUCCUCUGUAAAUUACUCCAUAGUCACUUCAUACAUUACUCUGUACAUUACUCCAUAG